GUCAUCGAAGACGGGGCGAGGUUAUGAAGUGGUUGUUACACGCAUAUACUGUGGUGUGUACAAGUACUACCGAUAAAACCCCGCGCCGUAGAAGCCCAAGUCUCUCAACACGGCAAACUCACCUCUUAACUGCAAUAUGGAUAAAGUCAUCAUCGUCGGCACCGGUGUGUUUGGUCUUUCGACGGCCGACCACCUCCAUCAGAAAUGGCCCACCACACGGCUGUCCAUCGUUUCUCGGCCUUCUCCCCUUGCCCCGAGCGAUGAUAUCUCAAAGAUAGUCCGGGUUGAUUACAACAACGUGGAGCGGAUGACAGAAGCAGUCGAGGCUCAGAAGCAAUGGAACAGCGACAGAUUCUCCAGGUACCAACGCAGCAUCGGCCGUGUAGUGAUUUACGAACAAGACGAUGUAGCCUCAGUCCAGAAGAUCAACGAAGCUCGCGAGGAGCUUGGUUUACAGAGCCGAGCACUCGGCGGUAGCACGCUGAUGUGGGACAAAUUUGGAACAACGACGGCUCCGGAACCCUUGACGUACGUUUCGGCCGGGGACGACAGUAUCGUCGACUGGGAACCAUGCAUAUCUGAUGCAAGGGAGCGAGCCAAGAACGCCUGUACCAAAAGCGGUGGAACUUUCUACGAGAGCGGUGUUGCGAGCCUUGUCAACGACGGGACUCGUGUCACUUCGCUCAUACUCGAAAACGGGAAGAAGAUCGAGGCUGGGAGCGCGCAGAUCGUUUUGGCCGUCGGACCAUGGUUUACCCAGCUUCUUGCCGCAUCCGACAUCGCUCUCCCUCCGGAUGGGAGGACCCCCGUGGCUACCGGCUUGUUCUCAUACGGCGUUCAGAUGAGUGAAGAGCAGACCGAGUUUUUCAGAGACAGGCCGAUGAUAUCCCACCACGGGCAAGGGGAUUUUCUUCCUCCAGCCCACGGCUGCGUUGGGAAGAUUACGUGGGUAGAGCCUUUCACCAACUUACACGGCUCUACUCUAUCACGGGUCGAGGAUCUUUCCAACAGUGCUCUGGCGAAAUACCACAUGCAUAAGACGAUCGAAUGGGCCAGAGAGUUUUUACCGGCUCUCCAAGGAGCUUAUAUCGCCUCGGUAAGAUCCUAUUGGGAUGGUGUCACCCCUACCCAGGACCCUCUCAUUGCCAGGCAUCCCCAGUUUCCCAACCUCACUUGUGUUGUUGGGGGAUCCUACAACCGCGCCAAAGACCUCCCGACCAUUGGCAGCACCGUUGUCGAUGUCCUCAGUGGCCGGCCUGUUCCGGAUCGGUAUAGCUGGGAGCCAAAACGGGAGUACUCUCACCGCGACCAGCCCCAUCUUGUCGCCGGAGGCGACUUCGCCGACAUGGAAAAGGAGGCGCAAGAGAAGCUGGCGUCAAUUGUAAAUCAUUCGUCUUUGGGGGUAAUAUAGGGCUGCUUUGUGAAUGGUCGGUAGUAUGCGCUUGCGACAUCCCCAUUUAUGGGAUCACAAAGGUGUGGUGAUGGAUCAUGAGACUGAAGAUGCUGGUGAC